AUGCCCCGCGCUGAAGCAGGCUCAACAAAAGCCAUCGGCAACAAGAUCAAGGCGAAGGGCCUCGGUCGAUUGCGAUGGUACUGCCAGGCUUGCGAAAGGCAGAUGAGAGACGAGAACGGAUUCAAAUGCCAUGUGGCGAGUGAAAGCCAUGUCCGGCAAAUGCUUCUAAUCGGCGAAGACCCGCGCCGCCACAUCCAGGAUUUCAGCCGCGACUUCCAGAAGAAUUUCGUCGAUCUGCUGAAAACAACACACGGCGAGAAGAAGGUUCAUAUCAACCACUUCUACCAGCAAGUUAUCGCGGAGAAAGAGCACAUUCACAUGAACGCGACACAAUGGAAGAGUUUGUCACAAUUUGCAGCCCACCUUGGAAAAGAAGGCAUUUGUCGGGUUGAGGAAACGGAGAAGGGAUUAUUCGUCUCAUGGAUCGAUAACAGCCCGGAAACGAUGCGCAAGCGCGAAGCCGUCAUGAAGAAAGAACGACAAGAUAAAGGCGACGAGGAGCGCGAACAACGAUUGAUUCGGGAGCAGAUCGAAAGGGCACAGGCCAUGGCCAAGGAACAAGAAGAGGCGAACCCCGAGGAUAAGAUGCUACAACGCGAAGACGGAGAGAAAGUGACAUUAAACUUUGGGUUUGCGUCAAAACCAAAAGCAGAUACCAAGUCAGCUUCACCUCCGUCGACGGAAGCCGAGCCAAAGGAGAUCGCUGCGGACGAGACAUAUACGCCAACGCCAGCCGAAUCUGCCCCGGCCGCGCCUAAGAUCUCGAUGUCCUUUGGUGCGCAGAAACCGAAGAACGUGUUUGCCUCGGCGGCUAAGAAAAAUCCUCUCGCGGGGAAGAAGGGGCCUGUGAUGGCUCCCCAGAAAAAGAUGACUGAGCAGGAGAGGAUCAUGAAAGCCGAGAUGGAGGCUAAUGAGAAGAAGCGGUCUCGGCCGGACUCUGGCUUCAAUAAUAAGCGGCCGAAGAUCUCGCUGAAGUGA